CGCGGGCAUGACGACAAGGGUGCCGACGUGGAAGAUGUAUGGGGAGUUGAAGGGCCGGAGGUGGUCUGGAAGGACGUUGGAGGACCGGGCCGCGAAGAGGCUUGUUGCGUAUAUGUAUUGGGCGUUGGUCUGGAAAUGCGUGUGGCUUGACUUUCUCGAUAUGGUUUGGGAGUAUGUCGGGUUGUGAAGUCGAGCGAGGCUGUAUGUACCUCUCUCAAUCUGUACUCUUCAAGCUCAUGGGCAGCCUCAAGCUGGCCAUAAGUUUCUGCUCGGUAGGGUUCCCCGUGUGAUGGCGGGGUUCUGGUUUAUGAUAGUGCAAGGAAUUCUCUUACAAGCCCUGAUUCUGCACCCGGAUCCAGGCUACUCACAAGAUAUAGCGCUGGCCUCUGCUUAUUGGAGUACGCGAAGGAUGAUGUUCGGAAUUGCGUUAUUUGCUAUUGGGUGUGUCGUUUCCCCUUGGGUUUCUGGAACCACUUACUUGCUUCUCCCUUUACCCUAUCUUUGGGGUGCCUACUGUAAUCCCACGUGCUAAUGUGCUUGAAGACACAAAC